AUGUCAGCUGCUUCCGAAACCAUCAGCAACACCAGUGCCGAAACCGAAGGUCUGCAACUUCCCAGAACCAUUGUAGACCCCGAGACCACGAUCUUCGUCGGCAAUGUGGCCCGCGACUGCGAAGAAGCGGAUCUACAGAGUGUGUUUGAGGAAGACGUGGAGGUGGAAAUCCCAUCGGUCAAGAGCGGGAGACUGUUCAAGCAGCGCUACGCAUUUGUCAAGUUUCCCUCCAAGAUCGACUUCGACGCCAUCAAGACCAAGUACGACAAGACCGUCGUCAAGGAAAGAGGCAUCUACAUCAGACGCGCGCAAACCGAAGAGGAGCGCGACGAGAAGCGUAAAGCCAGAGCCAGCAGACCUAAAAAGACCAGCACGCAACGUAGCUCUGAUGACGCUGUAGAAACCAUCGACAACUCGGAAUCUGGCGAAAUUGACCCUGUCACGGGCGAGCCCUCCCAGUCGAGCAGGAAACCAGCCAGGUCCGCCAUUCCAGCGCCUCCAAAGAGACAAGAAAGACCAAGAGCACCUCUAGAGUCCAUGGAAAGAUCUACCGACACGCUGUAUGUCAACAACGUGCCUUACAUGGCUACCAAGGAGCAAGUGGCCGAGUUUUUCAACACCAAACCCGAACUAGUAGUAUUGCCACUCAGGAGAAUGCGCAACGUCAAAACGAAACAAUUCUUCUACUCCAAGAGGAUGAACAGAGGUAUUGCUUUCGUCACUUUUGAAGACUGCUCCGACAUUGCCCAAAAAGUAACCGAGUUCCAGGGCAAAGCUUUCAACGACCGCGAAUUAGCCGUGGAUGUUGCUGCCUUAAAACCACCCCGUGAAGAAGAGCCUUCGCAAGAGAACGAGCAGCCAGAAGCUGCUUCUUCCGAGUCCAACACGGUUGAGGAAACCACUACUGUCUAG